AGGAUGUCGAUGGAGCAUUGUCUUACUUUGGGGUUGUCACAAGUGCUAUGAGAUCUUUGACAAAGCUCCCUCGGUCACUUAGGUGAGUAAUCGAGAAUGGAAAAGAAGGAAUAAGCUUGAGCUGAAUGUUGUACAAGUAAUAGCUUGGAGUUGGUAUUUCAUUUGUAGAUGCAAUUCCCUGGUCAAAGUCAAUCAUUUUUUCAACUACCUUUAAGCAUCAUGGUUGGGCUACUCUACCUCGGAACCUUGGUGAGCUCUGUUGGUGCUGUUGUAGUGCGUGUUCGUGAUACAAUUCCUUCACCUGCUCCAGAAGAUGCUUUUCUGCCCAGCUUUCCCGUUGAAGGGAAAUCGGUACCGUGAGUCUGAGAGAUCCUUUUCCCAUGAAACUUAACUGACAGUGUUUCAGAAUUCCUGGUCCCGGUGUACCUGGAGGAUACAACACCACCAUCAUCCCCUCCGAAAUCCCAGAUGCCCAACCAAACUUCCGCAUCCAACAACUAGUCUCAGCAGCAACAUGUCCAGGACCAGUAACCAGCAACCCCUCGGAUUACUGGAUGAACCGUAUCGACCACACCGGCAACCCACGCGGCUACGCACCAUUCCUAGCAGACUACUUUACCUUCCCCGUCUGGAGAAACGUCCUCGACUACGGCGCCAAAAACGACGGAACGGGCGAUGCCACGCCAGGUAUCCAAGCUGCGCUCAAUUACUACAGCGAUCAGGAUAACCGCUGGAACAUCGGUGAUACCUUCGCGACGCCUGCUCAUGUCUUCUUACCGGGUGGUACUUACAAUUUGAAGACCAAGUUGGAUUUGAGAAUUGGUACUCUGAUUAUGGGAGAUCCGCAGAAUCCCCCGAUCCUGAGAGCUGACGCGGGGUUCUCGGCGGAUAUUUUGAUUCAGGGUUAUGAUGGUAGGUGCUUUUCACGAGGUGAGAGAUUGUUUUGUUGACUUGGUGUAGGAACGUCGCGUAAUAGCCCACCGGAGACUUCGUUCUUGACGGCUUUGAGAAAUGUGGUUAUUGAGUAAGUGCUUGCCCCAGAAUAGGUGAGAUCUGUGUGACUGAUUCUCUGAAGUACGAGAGCUGUGAAUAAAGAUAAGUCGUUGGUGGCUCUGCAGGUACUGAUCACUCGUUCCUCUUUUACACCUCUCUUGUCCUCUCGCUCUUCUCACUGUGUAAAGCUCAUACGCUAAUAAGCUGCGAAGUGGGGCGUCGCACAAGGAUGUGCCAUCGGAAACGUCCAAAUCUUCAUGCCCGAUGAUUCCAAUGGUCACAUCGGGAUAUUUCUCAAUGGCGGAAGUACCAUCGCAGUGACAGAUGCUCGCAUCCAAGGAGGCGUUGUUGGAAUCCAAAACACCAACCAACAAGUCAACUUCAAAAACAUCUACUUCAAGAACUGCCGCACCGCCUACGCUGGAACAGGAGGCUUUACCGCUUUGUUACAGAAAGUCACCUUCGACACUUGCGGUCUUGGGAUCGACAUCACUGCAAAUGAUGGCAAAGCAGGAAAUGUCGUGCUCUUAGAUUCCGUCUCCACCAAGUCUGGUACCACCGUCAAGUUCAGAGAAUCUGCACCAACUGCCCCAUUGCGAAAUAACCAAGUCGUCAUUCAGAACCUGAAGCAUGAUACCACAAACGCUAUUGCCGUCAAUCAAGAUAACGCUGUCAAAUUGGCUGCAACGAGUCAAGUCGAUACUUGGGUUUGGGGAAACUCGCUCCCGGGACAAUUUCAAAACGGUGCUUCGUAUACUACUACAAGACCUCCUGCUCUCCUAGCUUCGGAUGGCACGUUCUUUACCAAGGAUGCUCCGACUUAUGCGGGGUAUGCUAUUGAUCAGAUUUUGAAUGUCAAGAGUGUGGCGGGUUUCCCUGUGAAUGGAGAUGGGAGCACGGAUGAUUCUGCUUCGCUUAAUGCUAUUCUUCAACAAGCUGCUGCGAAUUGUCAGAUUGCGUAAGUGUGUCCAGUGUCGAUGGAGGUAUGAACUUACACAAUCAAAGAUAUUUCCCUUAUGGUGUGUAUGUGGUCAAAAGUACCCUCUUCGUUCCAGUUGGAUCUCGAAUUGUUGGAGAAGCUUGGGCUGUCAUAUCUGGCGCUGGAGCAACAUUCAAGGGUAAGUGAUUCCAUCACAAAACACUUGCAGAAUACUGAGUCUCUUAUCAUUUAGAUGCAAACAACACACAGCCCAUCGUUAAAGUCGGAAACUCUAACGAUGUCGGCGUAGCCCAAAUAAGCGACAUGAGAUUCACGGUCUCAGAGGUCCUCCCAGGAGCCAUCAUCGUGCAAGUCAACAUGGCCGGGUCAUCCCCAGGAGACGUCGGUAUGUGGAACACAGUAGUCAACAUCGGAGGAGGCGCCGAAUCCACCGUCAAGACCCAAUGCAACAACCAAGACACCAUCAACUGCAAAGCCGUCUUCCUCGCCGUCCACCUUACCGCCAGCAGCAGCAGUUACCUCCAGAACAUCUGGGUUUGGACAGCCGAUCACCACGUUGACGGCGGCGCAGACCUCCAGAUCAUCUCCACGGGUCGCGGAAUCCUGGUCGAAUCUACGAAAGCGACCUGGCUGGUUGGAACUGGAUCCGAACACCACUGGCUAUACAACUACAACUUCAACAACGCGCAGAACGUCUUUGCCGGUCUCCUGCAAACCGAAACCCCCUACAUGCAAGGCAAUGGCGCGCGUAGACUUGCACCUGCUCCCUGGGUUGCCGUGGCCCGCUACGGAGACCCGGAUUUCUCGUGGUGCGACGGCGGGAAUGGGAAAUGUCGCAGUUCGCUGGGUCAAAAUGUGAAUGGAGGAUCCAACAUCUUUCUGUAUAACACGGCGAGUUGGGCGUUCUUUGAUGGUGAUUGGAAUGGAGUUUAUACGUCUGAUAAUUACUGUUCGGGCAAUUGUCAGACGAAUAUGUUGAGGGUUGCGAAUUCGCCGUCGAGGUUGUAUUGGUAUGGACUUGCGACUAGGUCGACGGAUGUUAUUGUUUUUGAUGGGGCAUCGAAUCCGACUACUUUUAAUAACCCUGGAGCGUGAGUUUGAAUUCCCCUCCGUUGGUUCGUUGUACGGUUUGUUUGCUGACUUUUAUAGAUGGGGUGGAAACGCUGCUGCAUAUAGGCAAUUCUCUUAGGUUUUGAGAAUAUGGAUAGAAGAAUUUAGACUGUCUUGCAGCGAGAAUUCAAAGAAAAGUAGAAGUGUAUAGCCGUCCUGCGAUGGUAACUUUCUUGAUAGCCCAUAGUCCAUAUAAACGUCUCAAACCACCAAGAUGAUUCAUCAAGUAUCCUGGAACAAUCAAAUGAAUUUUUAAGAUGCGUUCACUCCCAAGACUGUGGAAGACACUCUCGGUUACCCGUACGUGAAAAG